AUGGAGAACCCCGUCGUGCGCGACAGCGACGAGUGGAACGCGCUGGAGUUCGCGCUGCAGCUGCGCUGCAGGAGCUCAAGGGUGACCCUGCUACAGGCGUGGAACGUCACCAAACCGGAUGCUGUUUCGGUGUUCAGCAGAUGGGUACAGACCACUCCCAUCGUCGAGGCGUUUAUAGACGCCGGCGGCCUGGACCGCAAUAACUCGACCCAGGACGUGUGCACGCGAGGCUUUGAGGUCGGCAGCAACGGCUUCAAGGUCAGCAUCGGCAACAUACACUGCGCGAGCUUCCCCUUGCUGCGUUCGACGCUGCGGGACGGCGCAACGUCGGAUACCAGAAGCGGCGCCCUCGACGACAAGGGGCAGAUCCUGCCGCCUAAGAACGCAACCACGACCAACAUCAUGUACGGCGACAGGAAGGUAUACGAGUACUUCGUCUGUGACGUCGCGUUGGGCAAGGCCAUCGCCGCAGCCGACGAGGUCGAGGCGCAGCGGCUUAGGCUCACCAUGCCAGUGGAGUACGACAGCAUCUACCUCGAGAACCACGGCCGUGAGCGCUUUCUGGACGUUACUGCGAUGUUGAAGCCGCGCGAGCCGGCGGCGGCGCCGGACAACCGGCCUGAGGAGUUCUUCUCGGAGGGGGUGCUCCCGCAGUUUGCGUUCCGCCGGGAGUACAUCAUCUACGGCGCCUCGCAGAUACUCCCGCGGUACCUCAUACAGUUCGAGUUCGACCCUGCUGCCGACGAGACGUUCGCGCUGCCGCUCUGCGACAGCUGCCAGAACGACGCGGCCACGAUAUACUGCCCUUCGGACACGGCGCGCAUAUGCAAGAAGUGCGACGAAAAGCUGCACACCCAAAACAAGGUGGUAUCACGCCACAUCCGCGUGCCCCUCAACCAGAUGCCGCGUCCCGCCGCCCGCUGCAGACUCCACCCCUCCAAGGUAUACACGAUGUACUGCACCUUCUGCCACUUGCCGGUCUGCCAGCACUGCGCCUCGGGCCACAUCCACGGCCAGGGGGCCAACGAGGCAAACUCGGCGCGCUUCGUGCCCAUCGCAAACGCCUACGACGCCGCCAUAUACGAGAUGCAGCAGCAGUCCAACAACGCAAUCUCGCGGCGCCGGGAGUACCUGAAGUCGCUGCUGCAACAGGUCGACCGCAUCGAGCAGGCAGUGGAGGACAACUGCGAACGCGUCGAGGCCAGCUGCUACGAGAACCUAGAGGCGACGCUCAAGCAGCUGCAUAGUAAAAUAGGAGGCUCCCUCGAGGAGCUGGUCGCGGAGCAGACCGAAAACAAGCGGCAGAUGAGCGAAAUCGAGUGGUCCGAGCACUUCGCGGACUACUUGAAGAACACGUUGCUGCCGGCGGACUACCUGCGCGCAUGGCUGCGCCACUGCCGCGUCCGCAGCGACAUGGACGCCGACGCAUACAAGGGGCCGUUGCAGGAGAUAUUCCCCGAUCUGGACAUGAAGGGAGAGCUUGCCAUCACACACGAGCAUGCGGCUGAGCACGUGCAUAAGUGA